GCUCUGCCACUGCCAAUCCAUGAAUCACGUAUCAACCUGAUAUAAGCCGCUGCAGUGGCUGUAUUCAUCACAAAAAGGACAGCGAUAUGCGGAGUAACGCAUACUGGGGGAUAACAAUGAAGUAUUUUGUUUUCUUGUGUGUAUUGGCUAUUGGGGCGAAUGCAAUUUGUGACGACGCCGACGGUGUGGGGGUGGUGUGUGAGGUGUGCACGGAGGACAUGGUGUGCUCCCUGGAUGGGGUACAGGUGACCUGCUCUCGCGACCCAUGUGACAACUGCUCUGUCGUCUGGACUGACGUCGAAGGCGUGGAUUUCACGGACGAAUGCAUCGCAGACGAUGACGUCGUUGACGACAUUGGUGACGUAGAAGCUGAUAUUGACAUCGAUGAUGACAUCGAUGUUGAUUACGAUGUUGACGAUGUCGAAGAGGGAGACGAUGAAGGGCCGAUUAAUAGAGGUAGUCGGAAAUGGCGACGCAAAUAUGGGCGAUAUCAGCGAAAGAAGACGAGGAAGUUCGCAAGAAAGCAGUGGAAACAUCAGAGAAAGACCAUGACCACCGAAGAGAGGCUUGCGGCGAUCCAAAAGCGGCGCCAGGAAAUGACCGCCCGGUGGCUGGCCAAGGGCAAGGAGGAAAAGGCGGAGAAGUUCCAGCGAAAGUGGGAUGCCAAGGAUGAGAGAAAGGCCGGGCGCCUAGAGAAAAUCAUGGACCGGAAAGAACAGUUUCAAGCAAUGACCCCUGAGGAACGCCUGGCCUUCUUUGAAGAGCGGCGUGCACUACGCCAGCAGCGGAAAGAGAACCGGAAAAAUAAGAAGGUGCAGAAGGUGCAGCGUCGGCAGGGCCGGAAAUACGCGACCAUGGUGCAAGAAUAAUUUCAUAUAUUACAUGCUUUGCUAUUCAGUUUUACUAUGUUAAGCAUUUUCACUGUAAAUGUUUCUUAGGUUGUUUUUAAUGUAUGUUUCAUUUGAUAUCUGCAAGUUUUCUCUUUCUUUUUCUAUUGGAUAUUAAUCUCCGCUUUUGUAAUAAACAAUGUUACACUG